AACCCAAUAUAACAAAGAAAUUGUCAUUAGUUAUUUGAUUUUAACAUUUUUAGUGAAAAUGGCGAAUUGGCAAAUAAUAUCACUCUUGUUAAUAAUAUCGUGUUUGAUAUUUAAUGAAGGUGCGACGAUCAAAGUUACUGAAAAUGAAUGUACAUGGGAUGAAAAUACGACUAUUGUUGCUGCUGCAGAAGGUAAUUUGGAAAUUUUAAAAUAUGCAUAUGAAAAUAGAUGUCCGUGGGAUGAAAGAACAACUGAAGCAGCUGCUUCUAAUGAUAAUUUAGAAUGUUUAAAAUAUGCUUAUGAAAGAGGUUGCAAAUGGAAUCUAUUUAAAAUCGUGUGUAUUGCUAUUGCAAGGGGUAAUCUAGAAAUAUUAAAAUAUGCUCAGAAAAAUGGAUAUGAAUUAGAUGAACUCACAACUAAUAUAGCUGCCACAGGAAGUAAUUUAGAAAUUUUAAGCUAUGUGUACAAAAAUGGAUGUCCGUGGAAUAAAAAUACAAUUAAUGUAGCUGCUAGUACAGGUAAUCUAAAAACAUUCAAAUUUUUACACGAAAAUGGAUGUCCAUGGGAUGAAAACACAACAGAAGCAGCUGCUUAUAACCGACAUUUAAAAUGUGUACAAUAUGCUCAUGAAAAUGGAUGUCCUUGGGAUGAAAAAACAACUACUGCUGCUGCUACAAGUGGUAAUUUAAAAAUUUUAAAAUAUUUACAUAAAAAUGGCUGUCCGUGGGAUGAAAGCACAACAAAAGCAGCAGCUUCUAGUGGUCAUUAUAAAUGCUUAAAAUAUGCCCAUGAAAAUGGCUGUAAGUGGGAUGAAAGUACAACUACUGCGGCUGCCAAAAGAGGUAAUUUAAAAAUUUUGAUGUAUGCUCAUGAUAAUGGAUGUCCAUGGAAUGAAAAUACAACUUAUGUGGCAACUAUGAAAAAUAAUUUUAAAAUUUUAAAAUAUUUACAUGAACACGGAUGUCCGUGGGAUAAAAAAACAACAGAAAUUGCUGUGUACAAUGGUAAUUUAAAAUGCUUAAAAUAUGCUCAUGAGAAUGACUGUGAUUGGGAUGAAAAUAUAAUAAAUGUUGCUGCCACAACAGGGAACUUAAAAAUUUUAAAAUACUUACAUAAAAAUGGGUGUCGGUGGAAUGAAAGCACAACAAAAGCCGCCGCUUUUAAUGGUAAUGUGGAAUGCCUAAAAUAUGCUUAUAAAAAUGGAUGUAAGUGGAAUCAAUUCGAUAUCGUCAGAAAUGCUAUUGUAAGGGGUAAUCUAGAAAUUUUAAAAUUCGCUCACGAAAAUGAAUGUAAGUUUAUUGAAGGCUCAACUUUAGCUGCUGCAGCAAGUGGUUAUAUUAACUGUUUAAAAUAUUUACACAAAAUUGGUUACAAAUGGGAUAAAGGCACAAUUAGAGCUGCCGCAACAAGCGGUUGUUUUGAAUGUUUAAAAUAUGCCCACGAAAAUGGAUGUGUUUGGGAUGAAGGUACAACUAAAGCCGCUGCAGCCAGUGGUUGUUUAGACUGCUUGAAAUAUGCUCAUGAAAAGGGAUGUAAUUGGGACGAAGAUACUAUAGUGGCAGCAGCUGUGCAUGGUAAUGUAGAUUGCCUAAUAUAUGCCCGUAAACAUGGAUGUGAUUGGGUUGAAGGGACCAUGAGAGGAGCGGCAGCAAAUGGACAUUUAGAUUGCCUUAAAUAUGCCUAUGAAAAUGGUUGUACGUGGGGCGAAGGCACUACAAGGGAAGCAGCUGCGAGUAAUUUUAUUAAUUGUUUGAUAUUUGCAUAUAAAAAUGGGUGUAAAUGGGAUGAAGGAACCAAGAGUGGAGCUGCUGCAAAUGGCAAUUUAGACUGCCUAAUGUAUGUUCAUGAAAAUCAGUGUCCGUGGGACGAAGGCACAACAAGACUUGCUGCUAUAAAUGGAGAAUUUCGUUGUCUAAUUUAUGCUCAUCAAAAUAAUUGUCCAUGGAGUAAUGGUACUAUUUAUGAAGCUACUCGAAAUGGCUAUAUUAAUAUAAUCAACUAUGCUACUAAAAAUGGAUGUCUUAAUUAAUUCUUUUCUUGAAAAAUAAUAAUUUUAAGUAUUCUUUUUUUUAAGUUAUUUUUUACAUUAUUUUUAAAAUAAAUUAAAUUGAAUUGUGAUGCGCAUAUAUUUAAAUUAUUGACAGGAUUUCAGAUUUAAUUUAUAUACAUAGAAUUUUUUUCAAAGUAGGCAAUAGUCCCAUUUGAAAGUUUUGAUGGAUGAUAAUCAUUCAAGAUAUAAAUAUACCUUUAGAACUGGAAAUUUUGACUUUUUUAUU